UUCAAGUAUUAUCCUAAUCUUGUAAUUUUUUUGUGGCUAUCCUGCAAUUUUCUGUAGCAUUACAAAAACUGUAUAAACAAAUCCAAUGAGUUCAUCUUCACUCUAAUUCCUCCUCAACCAUGAAUGACACAGUAGACAAACUUGUAAUCUUCCUAGCCAAGAGAGAUGGCAUUGACAAGCUAGUCAAGACCUUCCAAUACGUCUCCAAGCUUGUCAACUGGCAUACUGAGGCCACCAACCCAGAAAUAGCUCAGAGAUUCAAGAAAUGGGAAGUUGCUUCUGGAUUAAGUCGAAAAGCCUUUCGAACUGGCCGGUUUUUAACCGGAUUCAACGCUCUACGAAGAAGCCCAGGCUCGACCAAAACGUUCCAGUUCCUAUCUGUUCUUGCUAAUGCAGGGGAAAUGGUCUACUUCUUCUUUGACCAUUUCCUUUGGCUAGCGAGGAUUGAAACUUUGGACCCAAAAUUGGCUAGAAGGAUGAGCUUCAUAUCAGCAUUUGGUGAGUCAUUUGGUUAUGUGUUUUUCAUUAUAUCCGACUUUAUUGCAAUGAGAGAGGGAGUAGAAGCAGAGAGAAAGCUUAUCAAGGCCAAAGAAGAAGGUCUGAUUGAUAAAGAGGGAGAGGAUAGGAGGAGGCAGAUUAGAGCGGAUAGAGUGAUGAGGAUGAUGGCAGUGGCAGCUAAUGUUGCUGAUUUGAUUAUUGGAAUUGCAGAUAUUGAGCCUAAUAGAUUUUGUAACCAUGCUGUUACUCUAGGCAUCAGUGGUUUGGUCUCUGCAUGGGCUGGUUGGUAUAGAAAUUGGCCCUCAUGAAGUAAUUAUGGAAUAGUGUUUGUGAACCGAAGUGUUGAAAAGUAAUGGAAGAAACUUCAAUCAUCUUCUUGUGACAAUGCUUUUGCUUUCU